AUGGGAUGGGUCGAUAAAGUGCCUCGUGCGGGCAAUUUGUACAUCGGUGGAUUACAUGCGCUUUAUCAGAGACAAGACUUGUUCAGAGAGUACCGAAUAAGCCAUAUCAUUUCGGCCUUGGAUUUCGAUCUCUACGAAGCCGGACAUUUCAAGGAGUACACUCAUAUCCAGGUCAAGCUCGACGAUGACCCCAACGAGAACUUCUUUGCCCAUACGAACCACUUCAGAGAUACGAACGACUUCAUUGAAUCAGCUUUGAGCAAUGGCGGAGCAGUGUUCGUGCAUUGUGCAAUGGGCAAGUCGCGUUCGGCAACCAUCGUCAUAGCCUACCUGAUGUGGAAGUAUCGCAUUUCACCCGUGGAGGCUCUUGCGCAAUUAAAUGAAGGCAGACCUGUGUGUGAGCCAAAUCCUGGAUUCCAGGAACAGCUAGAAGUCUACCAUGAGAUGCUCAGAUCCGGGUCUGAUGCCGGCGCCAAGCUUGUCUACGAGCAAUGGCUGAAGACACGGUACACUGGCGACUGGUACAGCGAGCGACGACGGCAGAUCUCGAAACUGUAG